AUGGAUGUAGACGGACAAGGACGAAGAAACAUUCGGAUCCACGCCCCUACAAUCGAAUGUCCACCUAUGGUGGAUUUCUACCGCAACUCCGUCGAUGUUGUGCGACCAUCUAUGGAUCAGCUUAUUCAUGGAAAUAAAGUCGCACCAGAAGAGACUAAAAUCGAUUUAGUCAAGGAGCAAGACGGUGGGCCAGUGGAGCAAAAGAAAAAAUCAACUUUUAAAUCACUUUUAAGCAAAUUUUCACCUUCGCAAAAACAGAAUAAACGCGUAAAGUUUGGCUGGGUAGAGGGAGUUCUGAUACGAUGCGUCCUUAAUAUAUUUGGCGUAAUGUUAUAUAUACGCGUCAGUUGGGUAGCAGGGCAAGCUGGCCUCAUUCUUGGAAGCGUCAUAAUAUUGAUAGCAGGUUUUGUAACAUUCAUUACUGCUAUUUCCAUGUGCGCAAUCUGCACAAAUGGAGUUGUCAAAGGAGGCGGCGCCUACUUUUUGAUAUCCCGCUCGCUCGGUCCCGAGUUUGGUGGUUCAAUAGGCGUGAUCUAUUCUAUAGCAAACGCUGUUGCUGCAGCAAUGUAUGUCGUUGGCUUUGGUGAGACACUGCGAGAUGUGCUCAAAGAGCACAAUGCCAUGUUCGCCUCGGAUUUGUGGGUUGUCCGGAUAAUAGGAUGGGCAACAUGCGUCUUAUUGAUUAUAAUCAUAUUCAUUGGCACUGGAUUCGAAUCGAAGAUGCAGAUAGUGCUUUUGGUGGUAUUGUCAGCUUCUUUGGUCAAUUUCUGGAUUGGCUCUGCUUUGAAACCCAGCGAGACAGUGACACAUAGAGGGGGUACUGGAUAUAGCCUAAACACCUUGAACUCUAAUUUGAUGCCGCACUUUCGAGGUGAAACUUUCAUCUCACUCCUGGCUAUCUAUUUCCCAGCAGCAACUGGUAUCAUGGGUGGUGCAAACAUCAGUGGGGAUUUAGCGGAUCCACAGCGAGCGAUACCGCUUGGUACUCUUUCAGCCAUCGGAAUUUGUACAGUGGUUUACAUAGCAACGUUAUGGAUAACAGGAAGUACUUGUGUAAGGGAUGCAGAUGGUGUGUUUCCUCCCAUGUGGAAUGGCACGAGUUUUGUACCUCCAGAGUGUGCUGCUACCAAAAGUUGCGAAUAUGGCCUCUUGAAUUAUUUUCAGAUCGUUGAGAUGGAGUCACUUUUUGGCCCGCUAAUUACUGCCGGAAUUUUCGCCGCCGGACUUAGCUCAGCGCUCGCAUCUCUUAUCAGCGCACCGAAAAUUUUCCAGGCUGUAUGUCGGGACCGCCUUUUCCCGAAAAUUGAAUAUUUUGCUAAAGGUUAUGGAAAAAACGAUGAGCCUAGAAGAGCGUAUGCUUUUGCGUUCAUCAUCGCUAUGGGCGUGAUUUCAAUAGGAGAGUUGAAUGCCAUCGCUCCAUUCAUAUCCAACUUCUUCCUUGCUACAUAUACACUAAUCAACUACGCAUGCUUCGAUGCCUCAUUUGCAGAUUCACCAGGUUUCCGUCCCGGAUUCCGAUUCUAUAAUAUGUGGGCUUCACUGUUUGGUGCACUUCUAUGCAUUGCUAUGAUGUUCAUAAUGAGCUGGAUUACGGCUCUUGUUACCUUCGUCUGUUUCGCAGCUAUAUUCAUCUACAUCCUGUAUCGCAAGCCAGACGUAAAUUGGGGUUCAUCCGCGCAAGCGCACAACUAUAACAGCGCCCUGACAGGAAUGAUCAGGCUAUCACAUACUGAAGACCACGUCAAAAACUACAGGCCACAGAUCCUUGUUCUGAGUGGGAACGUCGUCGCGAGACCUUCUUUGAUUGACUUUGCAUACAGUAUCACAAAGGGAUCGUCUCUUAUGAUCUGCGGACACAUUGUCCCGCACAAUACUUCUGAACGGGUAUACUCUAACAUGAGGGAAAUGGAACGUCAGUUAAGCGGAUGGUUGCGAAAAAGACACGUCAAGGCGUUUUACGUUUCCGUCGCUAAUGUCAGCCUAAGAGCAGGUGCUCAGUCGUUACUCCAAGUAUGUGGGCUUGGUCAUCUCAAACCGAACAUCAUCCUCAUAGGAUUCAAAUCAAACUGGCAUCGUUGCUGUAUUUCAACAGAGACAUUAAAUGACUUGAACGACUAUUUUGGCACAAUCCAAGAUGCUUUCGACGCUAACAUGGCAGUAUGUGUAUUUCGAAAUGAGGAUUUGGGUCUUGAUUUGAGUAGAGCUAUAAAGCGUUCUAAUACUGACGAUCGCAAACUACUAGACGUCUAUUUGGAUGAUAGUGAAGACGAAGAAAGCUCGGAGCGGUCUUCUUGGAGGUUUGCUGAAAGCAACGGAAUUCAAGAAACAAAUGGGAAAGAAGUGGAAGCCGAGAGUUCAAACACUUCUAAAGACAUAGAUGAUGACGAGGAUAAAAAUCGUAAUGGUACAGCAAAUGGUGAAGUAGAAAGGUAUAAGAAAUUUGAAAACAACGUCGAAGCUGGGAACGGACGGCCUCACCUGAGCAGUGAUCAUAAAGGGAGCAGCACUUCAUUACCUACAGAGGAAGAUUUACUUGCAUCCAUGUCAAAGUUUCAAAAGAAGAUUAAGAAGGGCACCAUUGACGUGUGGUGGUUGUAUGAUGAUGGUGGUCUCACACUUCUUCUACCGCAUCUGCUGAGAAUCUCAAAAAGUUACUUGGAAGGAGCCAAAUUGCGUAUUUUUACUCUUUCAACUUGCUCACAUACUACGGAGGAGGAACAACAUAGUAUGGCUGUUCUAUUAGAAAAGUUCCGCAUCAAUUUUAGCGAUGUUUCUAUCAUAUCGGAUAUCGGCUGCGAGCCUAAGCCCGAAACGCUUUCUCAGUGGGAGAACUUCAUCAGUCCUUUCAUCGCCUCCGCUGAUGCUGAAUGUCUCCUUGGCAUGACGACGCAAAGUGAGCUAGAUGCACAAAAGCCGAAAACUUACAGGCAGUUACGUGCUGCUGAGCUUCUUCGUGAGCACUCCAGUGAUGCGGAUCUCAUCGUCAUGACACUACCUGUACCUCGAAAAGGCAUGGUCAGCGCGUCAUUGUAUCUCUCUUGGUUAGACAUAAUGACUAGAGGAGUUCCUCCUACUUUGCUCGUUCGUGGAAAUCAGACUUCUGUACUGACCUUCUACUCAUGAAAAAUAUAAUUAAGCUACUUCUUACUCAAAAGGUGCAGUGAUGGUAGUGUGUCAGUCAUGUGUUAGUCAUGGGC